UUGUAUUACACUGCUUGGAACUCCUCUACCUCAUGCCUAAAUAGUUCAUACAUCGUUUACCGUUUGUUGGAUUCGCACACGGCCUGCUGUAGCUCACGUACGAAGAGGUACCGGGACCGUACGGUCCAUGGUACAAACACUGUAGAGCUUCCUGGAUGCGUUCAACACAUGCCAGAUCUUGAUCCCCGCGCAGUCUUUGACAAGGACUUCUCUUUAAGGUCUCCAGCCGUCCGUUUACAAAGACCUCCCUCUGGAUCCAGCUUCACACCAUGGGGUGGCAUUGCGCAUGGCCCACCUCCUCCGAGGUCCACAACUCCGCUCCGCACCAUCGCUGUGACUCCACGGCCGGAUGAAAAUGUCUUCAAGGUGCCUCAGUCAAUAACAAACAGGCAGAGAUCGACAGCUACACCUGCUCCUCGUGCUGUUCAGCCGAAAGAGGACGUGUUGGACCGUUUAUAUCUUACGAGUCCUAUGCCAAGGAGUAUCGGUACUCGACUGAACGCGCCGCAAGCUGUUGCAUACAAUCCGUCGACGCCUACUUUACAUAGGUUGGCUACGUCCGCGCGACAACCGCGCCCGGCAUCGCCUUCUCUGGAUGCUAUCAAACGCUUGAUAAAGCCUGCGGCGCUUCCUAGGAGUACUUCAGUAUCGCCAGGCCUUAUCAAGCCAGCCGCAACCAAUGAUGUACCUCACGUGGUGGAAGCAUUUGAUGCGGAGUCAGAGGUUGAAUCUUCCAAAGAUAGGCAGGAAACAACUGAACCAGAGAUCACCACAAACGAUAGAUCUUCGCAGACUCCAACACCGACACCCGUAAAUGCUUCUUGCCGGUUCAGUUCGCAUGGUGCUUUACCGACACCAAUCGCCUCCUCAGAUUCCAAUGCACCCAUCACACAGGAUUUAUCUGAAAACAUUGAGUGUGUACACACACCAAGUGCAGUUCGGACAAGCGAAGCAUUGUCUUCCGCUCAACGACGGAUAUCAUCUUGGGGCCCGGGCUCUCGAAGGCGUGCAGUGUCACUAAAGAGACCAGCUGCUGAAGCGGAAGGCGAUGAGACUGAGAUCUCGACAGAUGCUCUUGCUGAUAUUCUGCAUUCGGAGGCUGCAGAUGAAGUGGUAAACUCUGAAUCGGCCCGUAAGAAACCAAAAAGCAUUGCGACCAAUCACGAAGGACAACCACAAGGUCAAAUUGCAAAUGAUACUGGAGCUUCCUUGACAGAGUCUUCGGAAGUUGGCCUUGUCCAAGGAGCAGUGGGUCAGGUAAUGGAUGUGGAUGCGGAGAAGCAGACACCUCCGCGGCGCAGAACAUACGCAAGCGUCGUGAAACAGCAGUCGUCUAGAUCAAUCACAAGACCGUCAGCACAGACUUCAGACGUUUUGCUACGAGAGAAACUCACACCAUUCCAUAAGGGGACCUUAUUUGAAGUUCCGCCAUCAGGGCGCCGCGCCCGAAGACCUCCCGGCGAAUGGUGGGUUUCAACGCCGUCGCGGCAACCAGCAGAAGCAUCAAGAAUACAACGGUCACCACGGCCAAUACAAAACAACGGAUCUGACGAUUCGGGGGGUCCGGACGCAGAUAACAUGGCCAAUUCGAGCAAGAUUGAGGCGGUGCCUGUGCGAAAGAGAGGCCCGCAGCGACUGGUGAGGCCCGUUGCCCGCACUGAGGAAGGUACUCCCUCAGCGGAGGAUCGUGAUGCCGAGGCUGUGGACGGCAACGGUGAAGCUACGGGCGCGAGAGGAGGUGCCGAGGUCAGCGGUCCCGGAACCGUGGGAGUUGACGCAUAUGAAUUUUCGGACGGUUAAGUUGUCAUACAUGGGUUACAAGUUAGGGUUGAGAAUGGGCGACUGGAGUUUGAUUGGUGUUUAUGAUAAACAAUGCAAAGGUAUCUCGGUACUUCUACAAUGACGCACGCGCUGCAUUCACGUGCAGCGCUGGGUGGACUCAGACGCGUCCAUCCUCACGAAACGCGUACUGUGCGAGCCUGACGCGUGUGGGAGGGGAUGAAGUCGGUGCAAUUGCUAUUGAAAGGCAAUGGAAAGAAGUAAGCGAGCGUUGAACAGUGAGUAUAUGAAUCGAUCGAUCG